GCGCUCCACGGGCCACAGUUCGCUCCCGGCCGCGCAGCACUCGCCCCGCUCUACCCGCCGCACCGCCGCCGCACCGCUGCCGCGUGCUGGCUCCAGUCAAAGCAUUCAGUGAACAAAGUAUGGACUUGACGUGUUCAUGCGUGACCAGAGUGACCUACCUCGCGUGCUGUAAACAUAUUCUAGUGGCAGAAGUUCAGAAGUAAUUGGAAAUUAAAAUGAAUGGACAUUCUGAUGCUUCUACAUCCACGGAUGACGUGAAGAGUCGCCCGCUGUGCCUGUUCUACUUCACACACCCGUUCGGCGUGCUGUCUCCGGAGCCUCCCUGCGUGACGGCGGCGCCUCCUCACGUCGCACGCGCCUUCCUCAACAUGCAGCCAGUGUCGCCCUUCGACUUGUGGUCGUCGACCUCCGACCCCUCGUACAACACCGACACCAGUGACAGCUCGAGGCCUGCAUAUGACCUGGGCAACGUGACCGUCCACAAGAGUCCCGUCAACCUCAUCAGUCUCAGUAAGGCUCAACACUCAGUCGACUUCGCGCGGCCCGACUCCAUCUCGUCGUCCUUGUUCUCGAGCGACAUCUGGUUCAACUCCGGCUCCACCUCGCGAAGCAACGAGUGUUCCCGCCGGGUGAUACCGUACAACAGGAUCCUGCCUCCGCUGCAGAUGACGCGGACCAUCUCCGACUUGCGCAGUCCCGAGGAGCUCUGGCCAAAAAAAUGUUUGAAUCCGGAGAAGUUUUCGUUACCGCCGAUAGAGUUACCAGCGUUGCGCGAGGAAACGCCGGCAGUCGAGGAGACCUUGCCUGUGAGCGACGGGAGGAAGACGCGGAUCCGCCGCCGGGAGGGCGUCGUCAAGGUCAGGUGCCGGCGGCGGGUCGGUGACGCGAGGAGAGUGCUCGUUUGCCUCAUGCGAAGAGUUAUCCGAGGAGGUGAGGAGAGCAGUCCGUCGCCGGCGCUGCGGGAGGUGCUUCAGAUCAUCCGCGAGGCCUGGACCGAGCCCACUUCGUUGUUCGAUCGCUGCGCGCCGCGCCCGAGCCGAGCCCGCUCCCCCGCCGCCCCCGCCCCCGCCGGCGCCAUGCUGUCCCGCGACGCGUCCCCCGGCCUGCUGCGGCGACGGUACUCCGUGCCCGAAACCAUCAUGAGGAGGUAUCGAGUGGUACAGCAGCGGACCGAAUGUGAAGAGAGCACGGCGGGCUCCGCGGGGUCGGGCUCCGGCGCGGGACGAGGUGUGUCCUCCGCCUGCGCCACGCCCCACCCGGCCCGCGACCGCGAGCUCAUGCGCAAGUCUGCUCUCCUGAGGCGGAUGUGGGGCCGCGCGCCUCCAGCCUGCUGCCGCUGCUGCUGCGACCAGCUGUCGGCGCGACCCUCGCGCUCCCUGGACGGAUCCCACGCCGAGCUGCGACCGCGCCGCGACCCCGUCCUCUCCGCUUCCACAUACCGCUCGCACGAGGCGAGGGGAAUUUCUUCCUGCGUCGACACUGUGACCGAUACAGAUGCUUGGCGCUCCGAAGAUCAGGCACCCUCUUUGCUGGACGAGACCGUCACGGCAGAGAUCGAAUCGGCUUCAGGGCUGCCCCCGAGCAGCGAGUCAGCGCCGAGGAUACCGUCAUCUAUUUCGACGAGCCUCAGUACGGGACAGAACACCGAGAUGUGUGUUGUUUCUCCCGCUGCCGACGCGCGCGGGACGCCACCUAUGCACAUCGAAAACGCUUUACUGUUAUCGAGUAAUACAUUAGUAGAUUCAGAGGCACCAUCACUAUCCGAAGUGCUGGAAAUAGUUGUGACGGAGACCUCGGAACCGAAGGUCGUUCCCUGUCUGCGCCCCGCCGCCCCAAGAUCUCAACCUACCACUCGCCUCGACAUCGACCGUUACGUCUCAGAUGUUCUGGUGGAGAGCUUGAACUCUCUGUCAGAUCGCCUGGAGUGCGUCACGGGUUCAGUAGAAGGCGACGGAAAGAUCAGUAUCGUUGAGAAAGAAAUAAAAGUGAGACUGCACAGUACCGGAGUGAACACCAUAGUUCACCUGAGCCCGACCUCCAAUCAUCAAAUAAUAUUUGGUAACGAGGAGCUGUGCGACGGCGCUGAGCGUGACGCCUGCAAUAACUUGCGCGGCUCCCCCCGCAUCCGGGAUGAUACCUCCUUUGAUGACGAACGAAACAACAACCGAGCUGCCUCGGCCGCCACUACACCUGCCCCCUCGUCCCCUUGUCGACGGUAUCACGACGAGACAUUCGGGGAGCUCUUACAGCACGAUAAUGUUAACAAAACGGUUUUGCAACAGAUUCAAAAAUUGUUCAAAGAAGAACUUCAGAGUCUCGGCGCCGGCCUCAGCUGUCCAGACAACGUCACGUCCGGUAUAUCACACAUUGAAAUCUCUAACGUAGACGUCUUCUUGGAUGAGAACGACGUACCCACCGUCGAGGUGGCUGACUCGAGUAACAGUCAUCAGCAGCACUCCGAGCUACAAGUGUUAAGCGGAGUCGGAACCGGCAGCUAUUUUGAAACAAGCGAGGGAGCCCUAGUGGUACCGCGCUUCUCAGCGCUACCCCACAGUGAUUCGAUGGAGGUGAACACCUCUUCAUCCGAAGAAGCCGAUCUCAUCGGUUCGGAUUGUACGAGUCUUGUCGACAGCCUCGACGACCCCAACUCGCCGCGGUCUGUUUUAUUGCGAAGAUCCUUCAACAACCGGAAGAGUGAGCUUGUGCGGUCCGCCCUCGACGUCCUAGACCUCUUGCCAGAGAGCACUCGGGACGAACGUAACGAUAAGCCUGAAUCAUUUUUUAUAAGAAUCAAAGAUGACAAUUGUGAAUGUGACAAAGAAAACUUUAACGUGGCCGACCGCAUGCCCGAGAAGAUAAGAGAGAGAUUGUUCCGUCGUCACCGACGCAGGCAGCUCCGGGCGGAGUGCGCGAGACGCAGCAGAGGGAAGCAGUUGCGAAUUGACGCGGACAACCAACAGAAAGACGAACCCUCCAAAACUAAAAGGGAGAUUGAAAGAGAAUGCGUUGCGAUCAUUAAUUCUCUUAUCGAUGAAGUGAUUGCAAAAAUUGCAAAAGAAGAAUUUAAAUGUGCACGCAUCAAAAGAAAAUCCGAACGCCGUGCGCCCACAAAAUGUGAGGAAAAUUCAUCUAAGAAGAAUCGCAAGAAGAAUUUGCGAUCUUCAGACCCAACACUAAGUGCUGCAGCGAAAGUAAGUCCGAAUAGAGUAGGUGUCGUCGGGGACAGUCGACAGACAGAAGAGAAACACAAAGUUCACGGGAAAUUAUCGCUAAUGACGCGCCCAGCUCUAAACCUCGUCGACGCUGCUCCAAGACGCAUCUACCAAAAGUCUGAGAUCCUCGAAGGCAACAAAUGUAUCGAAAUACUAGAAAUAGUUGAGUAUAUGAAUGACACACAGAGCAAUCCCGACACAGUCGUAUCUGAUGACAGCCCCGGGGGUGCGACUCGCGGCGGACGGAGAUCCCGCAUCCCGGUACCAGUACCCGAAAGGCAUCAGCGCUCAUAUCCAUCCGAACCGCGACGUAUAUCCAACAGCGCAGACAACUCGCCGGCGUCUCCACAGGAUGCACAUACAGAAGACCCACUCAGCGGGGGCCGGCGGCGUCGUGCGAGCGAUGGAGAUCUGAGAACAGUUGGUGUGGACCCUCCGACUUCGCGACGAGUUUUUUUCCCACCUUCGAUGGACAGUAGGCCGCGCUCCGAUUCUUUAAGAUUUCAUCGAGUUUUCGACAUCAUCCCUGAGGAGCGCAGCAGUCUUAGCGUGGACUCGUCACCAGAGGUGGAGCGUGUAUCCACGACCUCAUCCGUCGCGGCCCCUCACCCCUCACCUGCACCCCGCACGAGAUCGGUGGCCACGUCGCCUCUCGGGGCAGGGAGUGUGGGGGUCGCGGCACCCCUAAGAGUGAAAGGCGGGGACAGACCACGGAGAGCGCGCGUCUGGGCACCAAUAAGUCGUCGCGAAGAAGGUGUCCGAAAUAGCAUGGACAAGGGGACCCGAGCGGAGCCGGUGGUAGGCGCAAACCCGACGCCCAAACGUGAUAAUAAAACAAAAACUGAGAAGAAGACAAUCUUCAGUAAGCUAGGUGAACGACAUAAGCCUGUCCACUCGGAUCUUAAGAAUCAUGUCGAGGAAGCAACAAAACCCAUUACUAAUGUACAAGAAAAAAAACCUUUCGACCAGCAUCCGAGAAAAAGUGAAGGGGAGUCUAGUCUGGGGACAGAGCUUGCACCGGGAUCCGAAGGCGAGGUCGAGAGUUCAAGUGAGGGCUCUGAACGAGACGGCGGGCUGCUGUGCUCGCGCUGGCGGAGGACGCACAGACGACGACGGAGCCACGCGAUGUCGCACCGAGACUCAGGCGGGUGGUCAGUGACGGUGGCGGGCUCGUGUCCAGGUGCGCUGCCCGCCGACGUGGAGAUGCGCCUCCGCUUCCCACAACCGCAUCAGACUCAUCCAACCCAACCGCCUUACCAGAGAUGCUCUUGUCGAACACGUGUGAGCUGUGCGUGCUCAGCGGCUACUGAGCGCGUCUGCAGCCCCACCCCCGUCUCCGCCGCGACCCUGCCCCCGCCAGCGCGCCGCCGCCUCUCUCACAACGAUACUAAACUAACGCUCACCAUGAAGAAAGAGGCUCGAGAUUCUUCAAUUCUUACUUCAAAGAGUAUGAGAAAAUCGAUUGACCCGCUCCCGGACCUGGAGACAUACAGGUCGUCCCGCAGCAAAGUGAAGAGUUCCGUCAAGACGCGACGGGGCUACUCCCUGCACUGCUGGCUGCCCGACGAACAGCCUGCGCCCAUAAGGGCAAGUAAAGGCCUGUCGGUUUUGGGGUGCGCCAUCAUCCCGGAGCUGAAGCCGCGCGCGCCGACCAUGAGCGAGCGCGACCUGACGCGCCUCUACACGCCGCGACACUAUCUACGGCUCUAGCCCUCCGCCCUACUCCGCUCUCACUCACUUCACUCUCUUCAGUGACUGACCUGGACUCCACAACGAAAUAUAUUAAUAUUUACCGUGUACUGUAACACUCAUUGGUAUAAAAUACUGUGAAAUUAUUUGUUAAAAAAAAUGUUAAACCACAUACA